AUGCUCUCGCGAAUAGCGCGGUUGAGGCAGCUGCGUUUGCAACCCACCGCAACACCCAUCACCAGUGGUCUACGUGGCUAUGCAACACCUGUCAAUCCUUCCAGCUCCGUCGAUGCACUUUUAGGUACAUCUGUACCACCACCUCCGAGAGAAGGUCAAGAAUUUAGCUCAGCACCCGGUACUUACAGCACACCUUCCCGUUUCGGCAGCAAGGACCCUAACGACAUCUCCGACCUCCUUCAUGGCAAUUCUCGACAGCGUGAUCCCACUCAUGGCUCAUUUUCGAACAAUGGCCGUACCAGAGAGAGCAUCCUUGCCGAUCUGCAACGCUUCAAAGGAACAGCCAUCGGUGCGGAGCGCAAAGGCAUUCCGAUCCCAUCCCGCGAUGAGAUGCUAGAGGAAAUGUUCAAACGUCCUCUACGGGAGCUGGAGGAGCGGCGAAACAUUGCUGAUCGAGAGCAUCCUCACCCCAUUGAUGCACUCUACGGGAGGAAUGAAUUGGAUGAAAGAGUGCUGGCUGCUGCGAGGGCGCUCUAUGCCGCUUCUACCAAUCCUAGCCCUCGGUCGAAGGAUGCAGCAGACACAUACAUGGCUGCAUCAAUAGGAAAGUUGGUGGGGAGAUUCGAAGCGAGAUCAGGGUACCAGCUAUCGAUUGAGCUUCCGUACGAGUCUACACCUUCGGAAGAACGUAAAGUGCCUUUGACAUCUGCUCAUAGUUCGGAGGCGGAACUAGAGGAAGCGAACGACGAUGGAGUGUUGCUCCUGGCCUAUGUUUCGAAUUUGAAUGGAGCAAGAGGAACAGAGCGCAUCAGUGUCUGUUCAGGAUUUGCCGUGGAGGGUGGGGAUAAGAUUUCGGCAGAAGAUGGAGAUGGGAAAGGGGCGUUAGUCGUCUCGUGUGCGCAUACUUUGCGAGCUGCUGAAGCAUUUAAGCCAAAAACAGAGGCUAACUCCUCGUCCAACACCGACACGGAACCAUCAGCAUCUGUGUCAUCGGACAGCAUCGCACUUGCCAUCACCCGCACUGGCGCCAUCUAUCCAGUACGAAACCUCAUCUCCAGUCUCCCCACAUCCGACGUCAUCCUCCUCCAACUCGGCACAACACCUCUCACCCUCAACGCGAGCUCGUCACCUACUCAACCCAUCCGUACACUCCCUGUCUCACCCUACCCUGCACACGUGAAUAGCGAACUCAGCGUCUCCUCCUUCUGGGGCUGGGAAGACGAUUCCGGCGCCAUCCUUCCCGCUUAUACCUACGAUUACGAUCAACAGCAACUCUCCCUCUCCCCUCCCUCUUCCUCCUCUUCUGCCCCACCAGGAAGGGAAAAAGAGCAAGUCAAACUCGAGAGAGACGAUGCGGGCAGAAGUCGCUGGGGCCGAGCACGCCUAGUGGAAUACAAAGACCCUUGUGGAGCGAGUGCUAUGGUUGGCACAUACGACGAAUUAGCCCAACUAGACUACAAACUCUUAGUUUCCUCCCCAGCUAAUCCACCAGCACUACAAGGAGAUUACGCGUUAAGGCUGUCGAGUACUGUUAGUGAAGCGAGCCGACCAGCUUCACUCGCUAAUGGUUCUGGUGGAAGCGGAGCAGGGGAAGAGAGUGUGGUGGGCAGCCAGACGAGAAAGCCAUUGCCGAACUUCCCUCCUCCCGGAUCAAGCGGUGGGCCGGUAGUUGAUGUAGAAUCGGGUAGUGUGGUGGGGAUCGUCAGAGGACAUAAGAUGAGUUCUUUGGAGGGAAGGAGAGGGGAUGCUGUGCCGGCGGAGAAGGUGUUUGAAUUCUUUGCUCUUCCUGGCCUCGGGAGGAAGAACUAA